CAAAGAACAGCUCAGCGCUUUUAUCACCAAACGAGGACGAAAUGACGACUCGAUGGUGCAUGUUGAUUGUCUUAAAAGCACGAACGAUCCCGUCAGUCGACUGAAAUCUGACUGUUUCUGAAAGCAAAGGGCUCUGACCAGCAGAUAUUAUCUGUAAUCAUCAGUAAUGAGUUUUCACCUUCAUGUCGUUUUUAAGAGGCGGCACCGCAUUUUUCAAAUGGUCGUAAAACUCUGUGACUCCACGGCUCAAAAACAAAAUCUAACCAUUGUCAACAGCUGAAAACAAACAUUUGCAGGUGAAUGGCUUCUUUCUUGGUCAAAAAGCGACAAAGAACCAUUUCUGCGGCGUACCCCGCCAUCAACUCAUCAGAUAAGAGCGCUGCUCUGCGGCUCCUUCAGCAGAGCCGGUGACCUUCAGGUUCCAAACAAAAACCUGUUUCCUGAAGGUUUCUUCUGUUCACAGUGAGAUUGCAGGAAAAAAAAGAAAGGAGGAGGUUUGGUGCAUCUUUUUCCAGGACGCAGAAUGGGAUGAAACUGUAUGUACAGUUGCCAAGGAGACGGCAGGCAGAGGGGUAGUUAAAGGCUGUUAACCCACACACCCUGUGUUUUCAUUCACUCUGCUUCUGUCUCUCUGCUCCGUCCUCAGGAAUCACUUCAGGAGACACAACACAGGUAAGACUCCAGUUUUCAUACAACACUCAGGAUUCAUGUCUCCUCUUGUUGCAGCUGUGUGACUCUGUCAAGAGGUGAAGGUUGAAUCAAUGAGAAGAAAUAACUUGAGUCUGUUUGAGCUUUUAGUUUUUGCUCUGCGGUCAUGUUUCUUGCAGCUCAGAGGAAGCGGAGCCGAGGGACUCUGCAGCUUUAAAUGGACAUAAUUGAGUGUCAAUGAUCAUCACAUCAGCUGCAGAGUAACUAAUGCAGGCAAUCAUCGAGCUUGCACGUGCUCAACCCCCCCUCCUCCAAAACAGAAAUCAAAAAAGUGAGAGAGAAAGGUUUUCCCAUCAGCAGCCUCAGCUGUGCGUCCGUCACGCUCACUUCCAUUCUCAUUUCUCCUCUGGUUGCAGCUCGCUGGAGCCUGCGCUCAGGAAUUAUCUGCUGUCAGGAACCUGCCCGGGACGCCGCCGUGCCAACAGGGACCGAGGUGGGGGGGGGUUGCUGAGCCAUGCUGUCCGCCGCCAUUCAGAUUCUGGCGUUCGCCCUUGCGCUCCUGGGCGUCCUCGGCGCCACCGUAGCCACCCUGCUACCCAACUGGAAGGUGAGCACCAACGUGUGGUCCAGCAUCAUGACCCCCAUCUCUCAGAUGCAGGGUCUGUGGAUGGACUGUGUGUGGUACAGCUCCGGCGUCUUCAGCUGCACCAUGAAGAACUCGAUGCUGUCACUGCCGGCAUAUCUGCAGACCACACGAGCCGCCAUGGUCCUGUCCUGCAUGGUGGCGACGUUUGGACUCUGCCUCGCCUCCCUGGGGCUCAAAUGUACCCGCUGGGGGGGCAGCCACCGAGCAAAGGAUACGGCCAUUGCUGCAGGAGGCUGCUUCAUCCUGGCCAGUUUUCUCUGCCUGGUCCCGGCGUCCUGGUUCACCAACGAAGUCAUCACCGCCUUCCUGACAACGGACCUGCCAGAGAGCAGUAAAUAUCAGCCUGGAGGAGCUCUGUGUGUGACGUUUAUCUCCGCUGGAUUCCUUCUGGCUGGAGGGGUCAUUUUUUGUUUGUCGUGUCCCGGAAAGAGAACGAGACGACCGGACUACGCUUCCUCCGCCAACCCUGACAGACCGGUGCUGUACCGAGAUGAACAGCAGAGGCGGGAGCUGCAGACCGAGCGUGACCAGCCAAAAAAAAGACAAAACAAAACUGUCCAGCUGCAGAUGGACGAGGUGAAGCAGGAGAAGGCUCUGAAGGAGAAACCUGAACAGGAUCAGGAGCAGAGACUCUACUCGUCUCCGUCCAAACUCCCUCCAAAAGACAUCAAGGACAGCUACAGCCUCCAGGAGUAUGUUUAAUCCUCAGGGCAGAGCCAUGAAAUGUGGAGUUUGUAGCUGAGACUUUCCGGCUCAUGGGCUGGGGGAGGUGUGUUUGAGGGGGAAUAAUUACCAGAUGUAGGAAAUGACAGAUUGUGGAUUCAGCCGAAUGUCUCAGAAAUGAGACGGAAAGCAAAGAACAUGAAGAGGAGAAAAAUAAACCGCACAGGAACCAAACACUGUAAAUCCUUUAAAAGCUGCCGCAGCUUUCUCAUACCAAAGGUCUGAAGGCAAAAAAAAAAGAGCUGAACCUGCUGAUCAUAAAAAAAGAAAGAAAGCACAUCCAAGCUCUGACUGAUAUUGAAAAACCAUCAUUUUCCAUCUGUAGAGGCUGUCUGCCUUCUCAGAUUAACUCCUGCUCAUGCAGAGCCGGCCCAAAGCUUUCUGAGGCUCGAAGCUGCCAACCCCCCCUCCACCACCUAACAGACACAAUGGAAAGAAAUUAUAACUAUAUGAGACAAUUAUAAGUUGUCAAAUGAAAUUAAUAGAUAAAAACAUAGUAAAUUUUAUAUAAACUGCACAAAAACCAGAGGAUGAUACAACGUUUAAAGACUCCAAAUCCAGAGAAUAGUUUUGAGGAUGAAGGUUAAAACAAGUCGCUGGAAACAUAACUGUAAAAUAUUCUAGAUAAUUUGUACGUGUAAUACUACUAAUGAUAUGCAGUCAAAAACCAGCUAUUCAGAAAUAUUUAAACCAAGUAAAAACCAGGUGAGACCAAACCAACUGAACUGACUAAGCUCAACGUUAGCUUCACGGUGCAUUCCAGUUUUAAAUUUCUCAGUUCCAAGUCGGAAGUUUGAACCUGAACGCCUCCUGAGGUCAGAGCAACCCCGACAUAAGAAUUCAAGAUGGCUGCUAUUGACAUCAAUAAUAGUGAACACUCUGCUAAUGUUACUGUUUAUAAUGUAGAGCGUUUUUAUCAACUGCUGUUGCCAACAAAUGGCUAGCCUAAGUUACGUUUGAAACGGUUCACAUUCAUGGUUUAAUAUUUCUUUUUUCUCAAUCAGUUAAAUUUGAACUGCGUCUUAAAAACGUUCUAAAGUGUUUACAUUAAAACUUUACGUUAACAACUGAGAUGAGACCAGCUAUAAAGGCUCUGUGAGCGUCCAUGUUUUUCCAACUUCUCAACUAGAACGCCGUCACUCCCAGUUCUGAGUUCGCACCAUAAGAAACAUCUAAUCUGACUCUUUACAAAAUGCUGUUUACUAAUGAUGAAGACUUUAGUUGGUGCUUUACGAAAAAUCUAAAAAUAUGAAAUUCAAGACAUUAUGCCAGUAACAUCAGGCUAAAUGACUACAUAGCAUCAGCUGCCUUAGCAUAAUCAAAUGACUUUACACACAAACUUAACAAUGGAUUUACAAACCUGAUGUUGUUUCAGUUUGUUUGUUAUAUUAUAAAGGUUUAAAUAAAUCGUGCACAGGACAUCAGAAUAAGAAGCUAAGAGUGCUGGUCUAAUUUCUUGUUCUUCACCAACAGACGAUGGUUGAAAAAACCACAUUUCAAAACCUUUUCUGCAGAGGUCACUUUUAUGGAAAGUGCACAAAGUAUAUAAACGUAAGCUAUUGUACCUUAAUCUGAUUUUGUUUUUGCUCAAGAUGAUCUAAAAAUGUUCUGUAGGACUUCUGUUACAAAUGCAUCUUAAAUCAUGACAAAAACCGAAUAGUGAGACUGAACUAGAGUUCAGAUCUUCCUCCGGUGUUGGGGUCUGUUGUGUCUGCUUUGGGCCGGUUCUGAAAUCAACAGUGAUUUUUGGAAAACGUUUCCAACCAUCUGUGCAUGUUGUCAGUGCUUUACAGCUUCAUUUAGUGACAGCUGCUGUUGUAGAGAUUGUGCCUGAAGCAAUAAAAAACAUUGUUGAGCGAAAUGAGUCCAGAUCCAAAGCAUCAAAACGUCUGCGUCCGCUCCAUCUUUUCCCAGAGGUCCACAGAGAGGCGGGAGGUGCAGAGCAGCAUGGAGAGAGGUAAUGAUGCUCUUUGCUUUCCCAUUAUCCUCUCACCAUGGUUGGAUGCACACUGCACACCCUCACCCGCCCCCCACCCUACUUCAGCUGUAUGAGGAUGUGGAGUCAUUUUCAGGAUGUAACUUAAAGCCUGAUGGAGAGUGGAGAGUCCACAGUGUUGUGUACAUGUGGUGGGCGAAGUGUCCUUUAACCUGAGGUGAGCUGUCAGUCUCACCUGCCAGAGCUCAUUGGGAAUAAAAAGAAACCACUGAGCUGAACGCCCACACCGGCCACUCAGGAAACGUCGAUUUGCCAGCGCUGCAGUGACAUUUCACUGUCAAACAUGACAGUGACGCAUUAAUGUAGAAAACACGACACAUUCAAGCACAAGCAACUGAAAAAAACCUGAGCAGCCAGAAAAUAAAAAUCAAAGCAUGAAGACAAAAAAGGCAUCACCAGGAAAAUGCAGGUGCUUCUGUAGCUCAGUGUUGCUGCUUAUAAACUCAAACCUCUUAAACCUAAUUUAAAACACAGAUUUUUGUUUUGAUGAUGUUCAUCUGGACAAUUCCAAUGAUGAGCUACAGUUUAAAACAUUUUCUGAGAGCAGAGGUCACAGCGUUUCAUCGGCCCAAAGCCUGAGCACUUGAACAGUUAGUUUGACUAAUAUUUUAUUUACUGCAGGUUGGACUCUGUGACAGUAAAUGUCAUUUUGACUUUUACUCAUUCUCUCUGCACCUACACAGUAUGUGUGGUUGUGCAUGAAAUAAAAUGGCUCUGUACCUUUACCUUGAUGAAUGAAAUUCACAGGAUCCACAUUAAGUAAGCCAUGUGUUUUUCAGAUCAUAAAGUUACUACAUGUAAGAAUGUAUGAAUCGCUUUUCUUUCACCAAUGUUUGAACAGAUUGAUUGUUCCUUGACUUCCUGGGUUGCCUAUAAACAGACUGUGGACUGAUUUUUGUCUAAAGGACGUUUAUGCUCGCAGCUCAUUCCCGAGCGCUGUGCCUCAAAGCUUCUCUUCAGCUCCUCUACAACGCAACUCUGUGCAACAGACUCCAAUACAAACUUCUCGUGAGCACAAAUUAAAACUAAAAGUUUUGUCUAGUGAAGCAGGUCUGACCAAACGUGAAUGUGACCGAUAUCAUGGGAAAGUUAAGAACUGGGCAUUCGGAUUCAUGAACAUAACGGCUAGUUGAUUUUUGUGUUAGAGUGAGAAAACAGAAAACAGACAAUGAGCCUUUUCCCGUUUUCCAUUUUGGAACAAUUAAAUCAGAAAACAAAGAACGACUAGUAUUUUUAAUUUUUGUUUUACGGUAACACCGGGAAAAUGAGAAAUCAGUUACAGGCUUAAAAACUGUCUGUUUCAUCAUGCGUGAAAUAAUUUUUAUUUUCCCCCGGAAGUCACUUAAUGAACGACAGCACAGGAUCCCCAUAAGCUAGCACAGCUUUUUACUGUGCUGCCCAGCUAAGGCAAAUAAAGCUAAUCUUAGCUAGCUCUCUUUACUCUGCUAAUGUGAAAACAGAUGACCUUAGCUUUUGCUUUUCUCUGACAGAAAAGGAUUGACAACUGAAACACAAAGAUGUGGGCUCAUAGCAGGUGUUUCUCGCUCAUCUCGUUUUUCGUUUCGUCAUCUCUGGUCUUUGUUCCCACUCCAGAACUAAAAUCGAUUGGCCGUUAUGUACACAGACCCAUUCGACUCAUAGAGGAAUAUUUGUUUUGUUUAUGGCAUCAAACCCAACCCAGUCACUGUAACAUGCAAUGAACAUGGAUUAGUUCAACAUGACCUAUUGUGCUAGCUAGCAAGCUGUUAACGAAGAAUUAAAUUUCAAAAACCAGAAUGGAGUUUUUUCUGUUAAAUAAAACAUGUCUGACUGAGAAACUCACUGAGCUCCCACGAUUUAACCACAAUACAUUUAAAACUGACACGGAU